ACACGUUAAUGUUAAUAUCUACCAAAACCAUUCUACACGGACGUGAAGUCAAUGCCAAAAUGCCAUCCUCGAUUUUUACAUUGAAAAACCACUUGAAUUCUCAUGCAAUCACUCCACAAAGGACACCAACAAAACUCCACAAGAGCAAAACCCACCAAUUUCUUCGCCCUCAUCAAUAAUUAUGCUUCCUCCUCUGUUCAGAUCCACAUUCACUUCUCUUCUGCUAAUUUUCCUGCUUUUUUCGAACUGGGUUUUCUCAGAAGACGACAUUAAGUGCUUGAAGGAAGUGAAAAACUCAUUGACUGACCCAACAGGGAAGCUUAAUUCAUGGAAGUUCUCGAAUUCUUCCGUUGGAUUCAUCUGUAAUUUUGAUGGGGUUACGUGUUGGAACGGCCGCGAAAAUCGGCUUCUCAGCCUGCAACUCCGGGACUCCAGCCUCGCCGGAAAAAUCCCGGCUUCUUUACAGUUCUGCUACAACCUCCAGAAUCUUGAUCUCUCCGGUAAUAUCCUCUCGGGUUCGAUACCACCUCAAAUUUGUACUUGGUUGCCUUAUUUGGUUACUUUAGAUUUGUCCCAUAAUGAAUUAUCUGGUGAAAUUCCAGCUGGUCUCACCAAUUGCGUUUAUUUGAAUCACUUGAUUUUGGAUGAUAAUAAAUUGUCUGGGAAUAUUCCGAUUCAGCUUUCGAGUUUAGGAAGGUUGACAAAGUUUACUGCUGCUAAUAAUGAUUUAUCUGGGAGGGUUCCCGAGUUUAGGUAUGAUAUGGAGCUUGAUUUUGGUGGGAACAGUGGACUUUGUGGAGGAUCUUUGGGAAAAUGUGGAAAAAAGGGGGGCUUGAGUAAGAAGUAUUUUUUUGGUGCCGCGGGUUCUAUGUUGUUAGGGUUUGGUUUAUGGUGGUGGUGUUUUAGUAAGAAAAGAAAGAGAGGAUGUGAGAUUGAAGGGAGAGAUGAAGUUAGCAUUAGCAGUUGGGUUGAAAGAUUGAGCGCUCACAAGCUUACUCAAAUUGUAUUGUUUCAAAAACCACUAGUGAAGGUUAAGUUGGUGGAUUUAUUGGUGGCCACCAAUGGUUUUAGCGCGAAAAAUGUUAUAGUCUCGACUAGCACGGGGACAACGUACGUGGCGGUUUUGCCGGAUGGGUCGGCACUUGCGAUUAAGCGUCUUAGUACUUGUAAGAUGGGGGAGAAAAAGUUUAGGAUGGAGAUGAAUAGGUUAGGGCAACUUAGGCAUCCAAAUUUGGUGCCUCUGUUGGGGUUUUGCUUGGUGGAGGAGGAGAAGCUCUUGGUUUAUAAGCAUCUGUCUAAUGGGACUUUGUGUUCGAUUUUGAAUCGUAAUGUGAGUGCUUUGGAUUGGCCAACGAGGUUUAGAAUCGGUUUGGGUGCUGCUCGGGGACUCGCUUGGCUUCACCAUGGUUGCAAUCCUCCUAUAUUGCAUCAAAACAUUAGCUCCGACAUUAUUCUCCUCGAUGAGGAUUUUGAUCCUAGGAUAAUGGACUUUGGUUUGGCAAGACUCCUGACUCCUUCAGAAUCUGAUGAGAGCAGUUACAUCAAUGGGGAUUCAGGUGAAUUUGGAUAUGCUUCUCUUAAAGGGGAUGUUUACGGUUUCGGGGUUGUCCUUCUUCAGUUAGCAACGGGGCAAAAAGCUCUUGAAGUCAGUUUGUCCGGGGAAGGAUUUAAAGGUAAUUUAGUGGUCUGGGUAAACCAGCUCUCGGGUUCUGAUCGAAUCAAAGAUGCUAUCGAUAAAAGCUUGUGCGCAAAGGGCAAUGACGAGGAAAUCGUGAGGUUCUUGAGAAUCGCGUGUAAUUGUGUCAUUUCUCGACCCAAGGACAGGUGGUCUAUGCAUCAGGUCUAUGAAUCACUGAAAAGCAUGGCCGAGGCACAUGGUUUCUCAAAACAGUACGACGAUUUUUCCCAAGCCCCUGUUUUGAUCCCUUUUUUGGGGUAAAAUAUAUUAUGAAAUAGUAAGUUUUUAGAGAAUGUGUGAUUAAAAAGUAAGAAUUUUUUUUGAAAUACGUGUAUUAAUUAUUUCAGGGGAAAUGAGAUUUGAAAAAAUGCAUUCUUAAAAAAAUAGAGCUCAAAUAGGAGCUUAAUAUUUCGAAAACAAGAUACGGAAAGUCCCAUUUGACUUCGGGAUAUUUGUAAAGAUUCUUGCAGAAAUUUCCACAAUCCAUGGUAAUUCCCAGAAGCAGGUAGUUUUCUAUUUACUUUCGAGUGGUACACUUUGCUCUCUCAAGAUCCCUACUCUAAAACUCGUACCAUAUUAUAAUUGUAUUUUGUAUCAUAUUAUAACGUGAAUAAAGUGUAAUCUAUUGUUCCAUAUUUGUUGUAAUAAAAGCUACUUCUGAAAUUUUUCCCUGAAGAUUGUGAAUUGAACCUGUUGUAUA